AUGGCCAACGAUUCAUUCCACAAUGCUGAAAAGACGCCAGAUCCUGUGCAGGCAGAUCCCGAGGGCCAACAAGAAUCCACCGAUCAUGAUUCCGCUACUACCAAGACAUCAGCCUUCAAGUCUCUCGGGAUACUGGACCGUUUUCUCGCCGUCUGGAUAUUUCUCGCCAUGCUGAUCGGGAUACUGCUCGGAAACUUUGUGCCAGAGACGGGUCCAGCGCUGGAGAAGGGGAAAUUCGUGGGCGUCUCAGUUCCCAUAGGCAAGCACGAAUAUAUUCCAUUGUACAUGAUUGUUGCCUGCUGA